ACGAUCCUCACCUUCGCCCGUCGAGCGGCCAUCUCGGCCUUUCAGGUCCUUCCCGAAGUAGACUCCCUUAUGAUCUGCUAUGCCCCCGUAUUGACCCUCUAAUCCUACAUCAUUCUGCACCGCCACGGGGUCGUUUCUCUGUUGUAAACUAUCUCUGUUACUGAACUUCAUACGCUUCUUCAGUCGCUCAUUAUCUUAUUUCCUGUCACACAACUGCAACUUGCUCACCAACAGCUUCACGCGCAUCGCACAUCUCACAUUCGCUUACGUUCUCGCUUCCAGAGUUUUUGCUCAACCAUGGUCAACAUCAAACUUGGCCUCUUCUCCCUGCUCCCAUUCGCAAGCGCAUAUUGGGCUCUAACAGACCCCAAGACAGAUCAUGCAACGCGAGGCGUCUUCGAGGUCGACCUUAUCUUUCCGCGAGAGGGUACCUUUUCUCCCACAAACACCACACCCAUAAUUUUUGCCGUCCAGAACCCCCAACGAGCCAAGGACCUGGGCGCUUACAUCAUUUGGACACUUGUUCAGCCUUCGAACGCGACCCAAGCCGAUGGUUAUAAUAUUCCAGGCCUGCGGGAACACGGCGUCAUUGAGCUCGGAGAUCUCAACAUAUCGACCAUCUCAAACCCUUACCUUGCAUGGGAUCGCAUCACAGCUAUCGGAGACACCGAAGAUUCGUGGGAUUUCCAAUGGACGAUCCGUUACAGUAACUGCACCGAAUUUUACACCGAGAGGAACACCACCGUCAUUGGAGUAGAACAUGGCAUUUCCUCGUAUUCGAUCAACAUCACCACCAAGAGAACAGCGCCCCAAUCAGCGUCCCUCGAGACAGCCUUUUUGAACGACUCAUGCCGCGUCGGAGAUUACUUCAAUCUCAAUGUCACGAGGUACAACCUCCUUCCAGGCAGCGGCCCAGAACACUGUUCCGAGCUGGGCGACCCAGUCACCGAGGAGAACCGAAACUGCCGAAUCGGAUCCGAUGCGAAGGAAGCCGUCAAGGCCGAAUUCGCUUACCAGGCCUGUAAGGAUGCUCUACGUUAUCCGCUCACUUCUGCAAACUGCACGAAACCUAGAGAGCCCCAAAAGGUACCCGCAAAACCUGUGGUACCCUCUAUGGCGACUCAUGAUAUGCACGUCUCAAUAUCUUGGAUGUUCGCUGCUUUGCUCGGUCUUGGUGCUUUCAUGCUCUAAGAAAAGCUGCGCAGUCACUUUAUAAUCUAGAACAACGUCAAAUGAUCAUGUGAAUCAGUUCUCGGUGUCCAGUCUCGUAUCGAUGGUUUCUUCUCGCACGGUCCAUUCGUACUUUGGUUAGAAGCCCAAAAAUCUAUGUUUGCCAC